AUGAUUCGCGCUUUUAUUCUUUUUGCAUUGUUACCUUUUGGUCACAUUUCUUAUAAAGAUUUCAUAUCGUUAAUGGCGCUUAUCGUUGGUAAAAAAUUAGAGAAUGCUGAAAGCCUUGUGACUUCAUCAAUGAAAAUUGUUUUAGAAUUAUAUCGCUCAGAGAUCGAGAAACUACCUAAGGAACUUCUGAAGCAAAAUUUAUUUGAAUAUAUGAAAGCUAUUGCUGAAGAUGAUGAAAGUGAAGAAAAAGAAUACGAGACAAAAAAGCUCACUUCGCGGUUGUCGCGUGUACUGAAUGUUCACUCUGGUGGACAGCUUAACGUAUUUUUUCCUAUGUCAGGUGCCAUUAAGAAGACGAAUCCUCGAUAUAUUCGAAAAGGUGAAAUUGCUUAUUCUAUAAAUGGCUCACCACUUAUAAUUUAA